CGAGAGUGGGAGGAAAGGGAAGAGACCCACAGGCUUCCCCUCGGGAAAGCAGGGUCUGCAGAAGGCCUUGGUGUGGAGGGUGCUCGGCAGGGCUGAGCUCUGCGUUGCAGGACUUGCUUGUGUUCAGUGCUGUUCCUGGUUAGCCCUACGCGAUCAUGAACCCUCGGGGCCGGCUGGGCCCUGGACGCCAGCUAGGGAUGGACCGACUGGGCUGGUCUCCAGGAGGGAGCGCCUGGAGGCAGGAUCUUGUGACGUUGCCUGGGCUGGCCUCCAACUCAAGUGAUCCUCCUGCCUCAGCCUCCUGGGUAACUGGGGCCACCACUCUGCCUCAGCCUGUCCCACCUGGGGUUGACAGUGCUCCCUGCUCCUCACGUGCUGGCCAUCUGCGAAGACCUUCUCUUCCUUUCAUUUACUUUCAACCUAGGGUCUUCGUGGUUAGAUGGACUCUUUCGUGGACAGUGUGUGGUUGGAUCUUGCUUCUUCAGGAAGCCCUGCCUGAGGACCUCUGCCUCUCGAGCGCUGGCCUGCUGACACUUGGCCUGCUCCUGACUGGGCUGCAUCUGCUGCCAUCCCUGGGGGUGUCCUGCCGGGCCUUCCGCUCCUCUGUCCUGCGCUGGAGUCGGCUCCAGGUCUCCCAGCAUCCCGUGACCUCACCCGCUGACUGCUUGACUCGGGCCUCUUUGGAGUUGCUCCAGGGAGUCGCGCCGCCUGCGUGGCUCUUGGCAGGCCUGCGGGGCCACGGCUGCCUCCUGUGCAGAGGUGUGACCCUCCCCGCCGGCCAGGCUUCUGCGCCCCCUCCACCUCCAAGCAUGGCUGCCCCACAAGCCCCUCGAGAGGUGCCAGCUGCAUCUCUGGGAUGGCCCAGGCCGGCCCCUCGUGGCGCUGAGUGUGGACUCGCGGCAGGCAGAGGGCUGGGUGGGGCUGGCAGCCGGGGCGUCAGCGGGAGAGCUGGCCGUGGGCCUGGGCCUCUCGCCACGCAGGGGCUGGGCUGGAAGGACGGACGUGGGCCUGCGGCCACCUGGAGGCCACUGGGCAUCUGCUCUCUCCUUAAGGUUGAGAGAGUUCUUCAGCAGGCUCUGAACCCCCUGAGCUCGCACUGCCUCUCCCUCGGACGCAGCUGCAGCUGCUGCCCGUGGCCUCCUGUGCCUGCGCCAGGCCUGGCCAGGGGCUUGGGCAGAGUUCUCUGGCUUCCUCGCUGCCUCUGA